UUUUCUACGAGAGUGCAGAUUGUGUGAGAGAUCAUCACUUCAGGACAGAGACAAACACACACCAAUCACUACAGCAAACAGGACUGAGUCUGAGAGAGUGGAGAUGACGGUGGUUAUCUAUGAGAGUGCAGAUUGUGUGAGAGAUCAUGACUUCAGGACAGAGACAGACACACACCACCCACUACAGAAAACAGGAAGUGAUUCAGUGAAGAUCAGAAGCUCCAGAGCAGCUGUAGUGUGUUUGGUGCUGCUGUGUGUUCUUCUGCUGACUGCAGUCAUUGUGCUGUGUGUCCACAUCCAUACAAACAACACAAACUGCACAGAAGAGACACACCAGCUACUAACAAAGAUCACCAACCUAACAGAAGAGGGAAACCAGCUACUAAGCAAGAUGACCAACUUCACAGAAGAGAAAGACCAGCUACUAACCAAGAUCACCAACCUCACAGAAGAGAGAGACCAGCUACUAAUCAAAAUUCCCAGCCUUACAGAAGAGCAUGUCCAAUUACUAACUAACAUGACCAACCUAAAUCAAAUAAAUGAAGGGUUAAUUCAAGAGAAACAUGAACUGUUGAAGUGUUUUAAUGGAAUGGAUGGAUGGAAAUUUUACCGAUCCGGAUGUUACUUAAUUUCCUCGGUGAAGAAGAACUGGGCUGAAAGCAGAAGAUACUGCAUGCAGAGAGGAGCAGAUCUGAUCAUCAUAAACAACAGAGAAAAACAAAAUUUUGUUAAGGAGAUUUCUGGUAAUAAUCCAUUCUGGAUUGGUUUGACUGACACUGGUGUGGAGGGCAGAUGGAAAUGGGUUGAUGGCAGCACACCGACCUCUGAGUUCUGGCAGUCUGGACAGCCCAAUGGACAUAGAAAAGAGAACUGUGCUAUGACUUACACGUUAUGGUGGUAUGAUUAUCCAUGUAACUACACUUUUAAAUGCAUUUGUGAGAGGAACAUUUUUUGAAUGGUUCUGUAAUAAGAGACAACCAUUUUGACAUUUAACAUUUUUGUCUGUCCAGUAACCCAUCAUAAUGCAACAGUAAAUUUGUUA